GGCGCCAUGUUUCAAUAGACAAACACUUUUAACAAUAUCAGUGCUGCGAAAUCGACUUUUGUCCGCAUUAAAUGAUUUUUAACAUCUUUGACGGACGAACAGACAUUUGCUGAAAGUUUAUUACUCGUACUCAAGGCAUUUUAUGUCAAUAUUGUCGCGGUAUGAGUUUGUGUGGCACCGAGACACUAAUGUGUAUCAUAGAAACACUUCGUUCGGGAUUAUUGUGUUACUGUAGGACUGUGGCGACUUUAUAAAAUUUAAAGAUCAGCAGAAUGUCCAUUGAUUUCGACAGUGCAGCUCUACAGACCCAGCAGGAGGAAGAGGAGUAUGAUCAGGAAGACUACGCCAGAGAACAAGAGCUCCACAAGCUCCUGACUGAUCUCCCUGAUGAUAUGCUAGAUGACAGCGCUGACAGCUCCACCUGCAGCCGUCCAGAAGACAACAACAGACCGCAGCAUGCCUGGGAUGUCCCACAAUGGGAGCAUCCAAGACCUUCUUCCCAUGAGCAACACUAUGAGGAGGAUGAUCAAGGCUCUUAUCAUGAGGACUACAGCUACAGGAAUCACACGUCUCAGAGCAACAGUCACCCUCAUCACCUCCAGACCGGGACAGAACAUGUGGCCACCGGCUGGGACCAACAGAACUACCAGUUCCAGAACCGAGACUAUGCACACUCCUCCGCAGGCACGGAUGAGUCCCAAGGCAUUGACUUCUCCACUGGGGUCGGGGCGGAACAGGACGUGUACCCUCAUAAUGCUCUUCAGCAUGGGGCAGGCCACCCCGGAGAUGAGGCUCGAGCCCUAGGAGAGCAUAGCCACAUCAGACACCACUGUCAGGUGUUUGAUAAUGGAGGAGCUGGGAACAAACCCACUGGCCACUGCAGAGCCAGUUACCAUCCACAUCAACCUUCAAACCAGCCCAAGAUGUUCAGUCCUCAAGUGACCAAUCAGAAUAACCACUUUGACCAGAUUCAGAGGGACUUCCCGGACUCAGCACCACAUUCAGCAGACAGUCAGCAGCUGGCGCAGCUUCAGAUUGUAAACCGAGCUCAAUCCGGACAGAUCGAGGAGCUGGAACAGAAACUAGAGGACUGCAGGAGGAAGAUGAGAUAUCUGGAGCACCAGUUCGCCAUCGUCAAAGAAGAGAAAGAUGGUCUGACUGUAUCACUGAAGGAGUCCAGUGCACUCGUGGAGGAGGCGAAAGAGAGAGAAGCGCAGCUGCAGGGCAGAGUCAGAUCUCUGGAGAAACAGAUCCAGUCUCUCACAGACCGAGAGCAAGAGAGCCUAAAGCAGCAGCGUGUGGCCGAGGUGGCGAUGGACAGCAUGAAGCAGCAGAUGAUGGAUCUGUGUCGCUCAGACAUUCUCACACGAGCACGGGAGCAGCAUGAUAGAGACAUGACCGCUAUCCGUGAGCAGUACGAAGCACAACUGCUCACCCUUCAGCAGAAACUAGACGCACAAUCACAGAGUCUGAACGAGCAGGCGGAGGCGGGCCAGCGGCUGCUGGAUCAGGUCCGGCUGCUGGAGCGUCAGAGAGAAGAGGAUCAGGUGGACAGAGCCGCCGUCAUCAACACCCUCGCACAGCGCCUGGAGGAGAGCCAGCAGCAGUGUGCCAAACUGCUCCACACUGGCUCUGUUCAAGAGAUGAGUCAGUUACAGCUGAAGCUCCAGCAGGCUCAGUCUACCUGCGCUAUCAGAGAAGACCUCAGCAAAGCCCUGCAGGAAGAGUUGACUGAACUGAAGGAGCAGAUAAAUCUGUAUGAGUCUGCCAUUAAACAUGGAGCCCUGGAGUCUAAUGGAGACUGGGAGAGCCAGCUGUCUGAGUCCUGCGUGGACCUGGGCAUCAAGAAGCCCAAGUGGAGAAAUGGACGGAUCCACAGCAAACCUCAUAUUGCAGAAGCAGGAGACUCGACCCUGCUGAAGGAGGACGUGGUGCGAGAGCUGAAGAGCGAGUUGCAGCGCUGCCUGAGUCACCUGAAGACCAAGCGUCUGAAGAUCUCUGAGCUGCAGGAGGAGCUGCGACGCUCUCAGAGCAGAACAGAGCAGCUGCAGACGCGGCUAGAGCAGGCUGAGAGAACCAUACAGGACUCUGAGGUGAGGGAGAGCAGCUUGGAGAAACACCUGGAAACAUCCCCCAUGACUGCAGCUCCUCACAAAGACCUCAUCAGACUGCAGAAAGAACGGCAGGUGCUGCAGGAGAGAGUGGAGGCUCUGGAGAAGAGGAAUCAGGAGCUGAAGCAGAGUGAGGAGAAGGUGAAGUCAGCCAACUCUGAGCUCUGCACCAAGAUGAGAGAGAUGAUCCAGGAGCUGGACCAGGAGAAACGAGAAGCAGCAGAGAGGGAUGAGAGGACUCGGCAGCAGUUCAGAGAUGAUGUGGUGAAUGGUGUCCGGAUGGAGCUAACACAGGAGCACACGGCUCACAUAGAGCAACUCACCCAGCAGCAUCAGCAGCACCUCCAACAGCUCCAGUCAAAGCUGGCUGAUCUCAGACAGGAGGUGUUAGCUGUGCAGGAAUGCUACAUUUCUGUUUGCAAAGAGAAAGACAAGCUGGAGGAAAAUCUCCAAAACAAGCUUGAAGAACAGAGGAGAUUGAUAGAAAAUGAGUUGAAGAGGCGAGAGGACAGUGAGGCUGCUCUGGAGAGACUGAGGUCUGAUCUGGAGUGUCAGCAUCAGGAGGACGUGACUCGGCUCAGAGCCCAGUGGAAGAUAGACACACAGACUGAGACUGAGCUGCAGGUCAGAGAGCAGCUGGAAACGGCCAGAAAGAGCUGGCAGCAGGAGCAGGAGACGCUGGAGCAGUCCUGGGCUCAGUGGUUACAUGAGGCUGAGGAAGAGCUCAGGAAGGCCAGGCAGUCAGACACCUGUGAGGGAGCGGCGGGUCAGCUGAUUUCAGCGGAGCAGCUGGAGGUCCGGCUCAGGGCUCAGAGGGAGACCCUGCAGCAGGAGGCUGCGACGGCCCGGGACAGAGCCGUGGAGGAAGCAGUACGACACGCUCAGAGAGAGAUGCAGCAGAAACACACUGAUGACAUCACGCUCCAGGUUGAAGGUGCUCGUUCUCGAUGGCUCCAGGACUUGACCUCCCUCCCAGAGUACAAAAGCAGUCUGCAGAGGGAAAAAGAUGAGUGGGAGCGACUUCAGCAGCAGCGUGUCCCGGAACAGGUGUCCUCUGCUGUGAAGGCAGUGGAGGAAAGGUGGCAGGAGACGUUUCGCACCAAAUGCACUGAACUGGACGAGUGUAACAUGAGAAACGGGGAGCUCCAGGAGGAAGUGCUUACCCUCCGCACCCGACUGGAGCGUGUGUGCCGGGAGCAGGCUGCCCUCCUGAAAGCAGAGCUGGCUGCAGCCCGAGACGUUUGGAUCAAAGACAAGCAGGAGGAGAUGUCCCGCCUCAGGGCACAGCUCCAGAGAGAGCAGAAGCAGAAACUACAAGCCGCUCUGGAGCAAACCGACAAACAAAGAGACACAGAGCUACACGAAACUCUCAGAGAAAAGGAGCAGGAGUGGAGGGAUCAACAAGAGAUCAGGUUCAUAAUAGUCUCCGUGAUUCAGAGGGUUUGCUAAGGCAUGCUUAAACAUAAUGCUGUUUAAGCAGGGACUUAUUACAUGAAAACAACAUACAAUACCUUAGCAAGUACAUACAAGGGCAGCGUCACAAGUCUGACUCUCUAAUAUGUAGUAUGCACUACAAAUCUCUUUUAAUACAAUUUUCUGUUAUUUCAUUGUUUAAAAAGCACAUUCAAAAUACCAAUAAAUAUAUACAGCUUAGGUUUUCUGUUU